UCCCUGUGUCAUCUUGGAUUAUCAUUACAGAGAGACUAGUCCAGAAUAUCUCCGGAGCCUACCCGUUAUGCGCCUUGGCCACCUGCCGCCUACUUCUUAACAUGCCUGCCUGUACUCCGUAUUUGUACCUCCUUCCCUACUAAUUAUCUAUCCAUCUUCUCGCACCUUUCUCUCCAUACCAUACGGUUACUACGUCUACUACGUCUACUACGUCUACUCCUAUAUAACUCUCUCGACCGUACACAUGGCCCACUGGCAACCCACUUUUCAAUGGACGCCCUCCUGGCCCACCUCCAAACCGCAUAGCAAUACCGCUGCUCCGGCUAACAGACGGAGAGCUAUCACCACUGCCAUGUCUUCCUCUUCCAAUAUGUACCCUUCUACCGAUCCCAGUCCAAGUUAUGGCCCCUCCUUCGAUUCAACAUUACUUCGAAGAGGCCGUCGCUCUCGUCCAAUGAGCUGGCAUCCCGCCGGCCAUACAACACCGAACUAUAUGCCACCCUCCACCACCGCUUCGAUGAACCUCUCCGCCAUGGCACUCCCUCAACAAAUGAACGAUGACCCUCUUUUCUACACUGAUGAUAUGAUCCUCCCAUCAACUUCAUACUCGCUAUCUGGUCUUCCUCUCUCCGACGAGCCCCUCUCCACCAUGGCGCCGUUUUUGCCGAUGGAUGAUGGUUCGCAGGUCGAGCCUUCAGCCUGGGAUGGCAGUGUGCCUGAUCUGUCUACCACUUCCCAUCUCUCCGAUGCUUGGUCGUUUGAUAUGAUGUCUAUGAACAACAACAUGCCUUCGCUGGACGCCACAUCCGGAUACGACAGUGUUCCGUCUUCGGGUGAGGUGACCGGGCCUCCGACUCCGGAUCUGCUUCCCAUGCAACCGUUUGAGCCUGAAACGCAAGAGGAUGCGGAUGAACUGGUUGGAAUGGGACUCUACAACCAACCGGAGAGUUUCAACGGCGGCGUUCUGGGCAAGGGACUCAAGUUGGAAGAAACAUUUACGCCUUCGUCUCUUAACAACGCCAAGGAUGGCGAAGAUGAUGAUGAAGAGGCAAACAACGACCAGUCCGUCCAAAGGACACCGGAACAGCCGCAGUACUACGAACCCCUUAAGAACCCGGUAAAGCCGGACAUGAACCUGCUGUCUCAGUCAUUCCUUUUCGACGAUGACUCUUCUUUUGACCAACAUAUCAUUACGGACACGCAGCCGUUCUUUCCUCUUGAACAAUCAUGCAUGAAUUACGGAUACGGAGUUUAUGUUUUAUUUUCUAUAUUUAGCUAGGCGUUUAGCAUACAUACAUGAGAGGAUACCCGGGAUUGGAUGAUUACUAUUUGACUUCUCAUGUAACUACACAUUAGCUCAAUACAUCAUCAAUUUAGCAUCAAGCAACUUCCAUCCUUUGUAAGCUGUUAUUGGACCAUGGACUAGACCGCGGGGACCAU